AUGCGUAGUAUCGACAUUGCAGUCGAAUUUCCAUUAAAUCCUAAGAUGAAACAAGUUCAUUUGAAACUCUUAUUGUGUCUGUUAUUGGCAAUUAGUGCCACUGGUCAAUAUAACCCUGCUGCUUUCGUAGGUCAUCGUCUUGCAGGACAAACAGGUUUUGGCAGUUAUAAUCUUUUUCCAGGCGCUAAUUCAUAUGGAAAUUUUGGUCAACAAUCAAACGCUCGCAUGUUCAAUUUAGGUAAUAUGGCUAGUGUUCCAGCUGCUAAUAAUUUGGGACAAUAUUCUCAACAACCUGCUCAAACUACUGUCAAUCGACAACCGAUGGCAGGUGAAUUUGUUUCCAAUGUUCAAGUUCCGCCACGAGAUCAAUCUUAUGGUGAUGGUAGCAAUAGUCGUUUAUCAAACGGUAACAGUAAUAAAUAUAACAGACAUUAUGUUGAACCAACUGGUCAACCAUAUGGUAUUCAAUCAACAGGUGAAAUUUUAAAUUAUCAACCAGAAAAACUCGAUCUUUCCAAAUGUGGACCAAUGCCAACAACAAAUCCAUGUACACUCUUGGGUCCACAAUAUCAUCCAUUACCUGGUCAUCCACAUUGUUAUAUUCAUUGUGCAUUUGGACGUUUAUUUGUCAAACCAUGUUCACCUUAUCUUGUAUGGAAUGCACGUAUUAAUAAUUGUGAUUGGCCAACAAUUGCUUCUCCAAUGAGUAAUAAUGAUUAUGGUACAACAUCGUAUAGUAACAGUGGAAGUAAGAGUGGUUCAUCAUCAUAUGAAACUACUAACAAAAAUUAUGCAAUGUCAUCAAUUUAUCCAUAUGGACGAAAGAAACGUUCAACAAUUGAACGUAAGAAACGUAACUUUGGAACAUAUUAUCAAGGUUUAAUGAUGCCAUCUACUCCUCAACAAUAUUCAGGUUACAAUGUAGUACCUUUUCCAUAUCAACCUGGUCCACCUCGUUUACCUAUGACACCUUUUAGUUUACCAGGUCCAGUUAGUUUUCCUGGUCAAGUCGGAUUAGCAAGUAUUCCAUCUCAAUUCGUACCUUCACAAUCACCUACACCAACAUUUGUUUCAUUUUCUGUUCCGGCAGCAUCAGCACCUGUACCAGUUGCUCCAGUAACACCAGCACCUGUACCAGUUACUCCAGCACCUGUACCAGUCGCUCCAGUACUUGCACCAAAUAUUCAACCUCGUGGUUUUCCAACAUUCGGUGGUUCAUAUUUCGAUUUCUUUAACCCUCAAGCUAGAUCUAAUCCAGCAGUAGUUCCUGCAACUCCACCAGUAGCUCCUACAGCUCCGUCAGCAGUCACUACUGCAUCAUUUUUUCCAGUCGUUCCAUCAUCAGUUUUUUCAUCUCCAAUGUUUCAACAGCAAAGCAUGACACCUUCUACUUCUUAUGCUGCACCCACUCCUGUUUCUUUAACGGCUACAUUAAUUCCUGGUCCAUUUUAUCCAUACGGUCCUCCAUUUGGUGGACCAUUUGGUCGUCGAGCUCCUCCACCUGCUCAACCUUCAGCUAGUCAACUUUCCUCACCUUUUGGAUCUCCCGCUGCUCAGCUUAUGGCACGUUUUGGACUUUUUGGUGGUCAAGGUCUUUCACCUUUUAUGUCUUUCGGUGGUCAACCUAUGUCACCUCCUAUGUCUUUUGGUGCUCAUCCUCUCUCAAGCUUUAGAUCUUUCGGUGGUCAACAACUUCCAACUGCUAUGUCUUUUGGUGGUCAACAACUUCCAACUGCUAUGCCUUUUGGUGGUCAACAAUUUUCACCUUUUAUGUCUUUCGGUGGUCAACAACUUCCACCUUUUAUGCCUUUCGGUGGUCAACGUCCUUCACCUUUGAGACCUUUUGGUGGUCCAUUGCGUGGUAGACCAUUUGGUCCAUAUCCACCUGACAAUGAACCUCUUGGCUUAGAUUUCGAUCUUCAUGUAUUUCCAGCUGAUGAUGAGUCCGAUGAAGAUCAGAACGAUGAUUCUUCCAGUAAAGGUGAUGGUAAAAGUGUAAAUGAUAGCAAAACAUCCGACAAAGCCAAUAGUGGAAAAUCACCUACCACCGAUGCUGAUUUUGAUGCUUUAAAAAAAUCAGAUUAUAAGAGAAAUGGUAAUUUCAAAGGCUAUGGAGGUAAAAAUAGAGAUGAUGACUAUGAUGCUGAUGAUGAUCCAUAUGGUUAUGAUGAUGGUUAUCCAAGUGUUCGCUAUCGUUAUAAGCGUCAAUAUGGUUCCUAUGGUACACCAGUUAGACAAAUGCCAACAGUUCCUGUAGGUGAACGACAACAAUCACGUUUAAAUUCAAAUGAAUUAACUCGUCGACCAUCAUUUCAAUCAUCACCAUGUAUUGGUAAAUCACCACGUAGUAAUAUUGCACAUCCAACAGAUCCAGAAAAAUAUAUUGCAUGUUUAACUAAAUUACGUUAUGAAAUUAUGGAUUGUCCAAAUGGUCUUAUUUAUAAUCCAACAAUUGAUCAAUGUGAAACAAGAAAAAAUCUUGAAUCAAUUUGUGAACGUGAACGACCAUGUAUGAAUAAUGGUCAAUGUUAUCAAACAAGUUCAACAACAUAUAAAUGUACUUGUCGUGGUGCUUGGACAGGUGAACGAUGUGAAACACCACUAUCAACUUGUGCGACUAAUCCAUGUGGUCCAGGUAAUGAAUGUCAAACAUUAAAAACAGGUGAAUACAAACAAGAUUAUGUUUGUGUAUGUAAUGAAGGCCAAUCGUAUGGUUUAAGUUGUGGACGAAAUACUGUACCAAAUCCAUGUUUAUCUCCAUCAACUGAACAAGAACAAUAUUAUCCAUUUACAUUUAGUCCUCAAGCUUUUAUUCAAUGUAAUGGUGAUAUACUUUAUGUUCUACCAUGUGCAAGUGGUUUAUAUUGGAAUCAAGAACAAAAAGUUUGUGAUCGAAUUGAAAUGUUAUCAACAAUGCAAAGUGAAAAUCAACCACAAUCAUAUGAAAUGAUGUAUGGUACUAAUGAACAACGAUCAGCAUAUACUCGUCCAAUGCCUAAUGUAGUUGAUCAAGCUUUUAUUAAACAACAAUCUUAUCAACAACGAUUAGAACAAAUGAAACAACCACAAAUGAUGACUAAUGAGCAAAGUUCAACAUCAAUAAAUAAAGUUGUUCCAGUUCCACAACAAUCAACUUUUAAUCAAUUUCAAAUGUUUUCUCAUCAUUCGAAACAAAAACCAUCAAUGUCACCAAAUAAUUAUAUGAUGUCUCAAGAACAACCAAUUCUCACUAGUCGAUCAUCAUUGCCAAUACCAGUUAUGCAAUCGGAAAUUGUUCGUACUUAUUUACCAAAACCACAAUAUGAUCAAACGUAUAAUGAACCACCACGACCACCACUAUCUUUUAUUCAUCAACAACCAGCACGACCUAACACUCGUCUAGUCAAACCAGAAUUACCUAGAAAUUCCAAUAUGCAAUAA